AUGGCUCCUUCUCAAGAAAUUGUUGAAGAAACAAAAGAAACAAUUCAGAAAUCAGUCAUUACUGAGGAAGUUGACAGAGAAAUUCCAACAGAAGAUAAACCUAAAGAAAUAGUUGUUGAAGUUGGAAGACCAACUGACGAAAUCAUCGAGGAAACUCGAGAAACAGUGGAAGCUCAACCAGAAGUUGAGGAAAUCUUCAAAGAAGAUGUCACUGUUGCUUCUGAAGGUCCUGAAGAGACUCAACCAGAAGUUGAAGAAACCUUCAAAGAAGAGAUCACAAUAGUUUCUGAAGGCCCUGAAGAAACUCAACCAGAAGUUGAAGAAACCUUCAAAGAAGAGAUCACAAUAGCUUCUGAAGGCCCUGAAGAAACUCAACCAGAAGUGGAAGAAACCUACAAAGAAGAAAUCACAAUAGUUUCUGAAGGCCCUGAAGAGAUUAAGCCUCAAGUUGAAGAAACCUUCAAAGAAGAGGUUACAAUUACCUCUGAAGGUCCUGAAGAAACUCAACCAGAGGUUGAAGAAACCUUCAAAGAAGAGGUCACUGUUGCUCCCGAAGAACCCGAAGAGAUUCAACCAGAGGUUGAGAAAACCUUCAAAGAAGAGGUUGAAGAAACCUUCAAAGAAGAGGUCACUGUUGCUCCUGAAGAACCCGAAGAGAUUCAACCAGAGGUUGAGGAAACCUUCAAAGAAGAGGUUACAAUUACCUCUGAAGGUCCUGAAGAGACUCAACCAGAGACUGAGGAAACCUUCAAAGAAGAGAUCACAAUUGAAUCUGAAGCUCCUGAAGAGAUCGUGUCUGAAACUGAGAUUCAUAAAGAAGAGAUUGUU